GGCACUCCACACGGAGACAAAGACGCCCGUCUCAUCCGCCAAACCCGGUGGGAUUAAGACGGAUUACAAGCCCCUGAGGUGGCCUUGAGGCUCAAUCCGCCCCCGAGGAAGCGCAGGAGCGGGCGGGUCCUGCCGUGAUUAAUUGCGGCGAGUGGCGGAUAAGAUUUAGACGUUUAUCUUCAUCCCUGGGAAGACACGGCGGUCACAGAUGUGAGCGUCAGGAUGGGCUAGACCGGGCGUUCCGUCAGGCCGGAAUGUGCCGGAAGACCCGUGUUCUUCCCGCUCCAACGUCUGGGCCACACAUCUGGAUCUUUGAGUGAUUAAAUCUUCAUCUUUCUCCGAGCCGCCGACCCCUGACCUCCGCUCAUCCAGUGUUCUCCUUCCGCAGGCCACGCCCCCUUCCCGCCGUCGUUCCCCUUUGACCUUCGCUCCACUUCUCAAACCUCCCUAAUCCCCUUUCCUCGCUACUCUCCGCGCCCGCAUCCCCCAUGUCGGCCAUGUCAUCAACACGUCUCUCCCGCCCUCGCUCUGAUUCGUUGUAGCACGAAGACCACCGCCCACGCCAUCCAUCGCCUCGUUCAGGACCGCCGCCGGCCGCCAUGUUGGAGCACAUGUCCAGACGCAACCGCUCACUGCUGUCACUGUCGCUGACCUCGCUGGCGCUCACCUUGUCCGUGUCGGCCUUCUGCACGUCCUACUGGUGCGAGGGCACCCACAAGGUGGUCAAGCCGCUCUGCCUGUCACCCGUCAAGAUGAAGAACUGCGGCCAGAACAACAGCCAGCCCUACACCACAGAGGCCCCCACGCCGGACCCCAAGAACCCGCCCUCCAACGUGACGCUGACGCCCAUGCAGAAGGAGGAGCUGGCCGUCGUCAGGAGGAAGCAGCUGGCCAACGCCGUCCACUACAUCUGGGAGACGGGCGAGGACAAGUACAUGCUGCGCUACUUCCACACCGGCUUCUGGCUGUCCUGUGAGAAGCACAACGAAGGUGACGACCAGGAAGAAAAGUGUCGCAGCUUCAUCGAGCUGACUCCGGGAGAGACUCAAGGCGUCCUGUGGCUGUCGGUCAUCAGCGAGUUCAUGUACAUCGGCCUGCUGGCCACGGGCUUCCUGCUCAUGUGGGUGGAGGCCAUCUGCCUGUGUGCCAAGAGGGAGAUGAACGCCCUCAAGAUCAACGCCUUCGCCGCCAUGUGCACCGUGCUGUCAGGUCUGAUGGGCAUGGUGGCCCACAUGAUGUACACCACCGUCUUUCAGAUGACCGUCAGCAUCGGCCCCAAAGACUGGAGACCUCAGACGUGGGACUACAGCUGGUCCUUUGCCAUGGCGUGGCUGUCAUUCAGCUGCUGCAUGGCGGCCGCCGUGGCCACGCUCAACUCUUACACCAAGACCAUCAUCGAGAUGAAGCACCGCGCCCGCUUGCGGCUGGAGGAGGCUCGCGCCGCCGCCAGCGCCCCCUCCUAUGAGGAGGUGGUCCGAGCCGGCGGCGGGGUCUACUCCGUCAGCCAGCUGAUCCAGCUGGGCCAGCAGGGGGCACUUAUGGACCCCCUGUGGCCAAGAGGGGUGGGUCCGGCCGUCGGUCCGCUGGCCUGUGGCGUGGAGGGGGCGCUCCUCGUCGGUGGCGGAGGGAUUGGAGUCGCAGGGAUGGGAGCUGUCGGAGUGGGGCCAGGGGGACACUUAGGGGGGCGGCCUCUGGGGGACCCUCACGGUGUGGUCGUGGUGGAAGGAUGCUGCAUCGACGGCUGUGAGGACUGCGAGCGGGAGCUGGACGAAAUGGACUACGCCCUGCGGGAGGAGAGAGAGGACUCGCUUUGCUAACGCGUCUCCAGACUGCUGACACCUUCUGGCUUGGAGGGGUACUGCGUCUCUUGCAGGCUAGCAACAAACAAGCUAGCUGCUUUGCUGCAAACAUGCUAGCUAGCUGCUUUUUAGCAAACAAGCUGGCAGCAAACAAGCAUUAUAGCAAAAAAUCUUGCCGUUUUGUAGCAAACCUGCUAGCUUCUUUGUAGUAAACAUGUUAGCGAGCUGCUUUGCAGCGAACAAGCUUGUAGUAAACAGGCUAGCCGCAUUAUAGAAAAAAAACUCACCGCUUUGUUGCAAACGUGCUAUCCAGCAGCUUUGUAGUGAACAAGCCAGUAGCACACAAGCUAGCUGCUUUACAGCAAAAAAGCUUGCCGCUUUGGAGCUAACAUGCUAGCAUAUAGCUGCUUUGUAGCACGCUCACAUGAGACGAGAUGAGGUGAGUUGUCACUGCUGGAUGACGUUUGUUCUGACCCACUCCUGUUGUGGGGAGUAUGUACCGUAUCUUUGGAAAUUUCUAUUGAUGGAUUGAAGCAUCCUGUGGCGCUCCUACUUCCUCAGGAAUCCACUGCCGUGAGGUAGAAAGAGUGACAGUGAUUCCUUAAUCUGCAUUAAAGGGCUACCGUGUGAGAGUUGACAUGUGCUAGCGCUGCUGUACAUAGAAGCUAUCCAUGCCUGCUUGCUCCUGUUUGUUUUGUCAUCUAUGUCAGGGAUUCAAGCGCAGGAAGGCAAAGAAUAAAACAUAUUUUCUCUCUACAGAGCGAGCACGCAAUAGUCUCUUGUGUAAUUUGAGGAUUUGUCCAAGUUGCAGUGUUUUAAUGAAAGAAUGGAAGCUUUGGACCUGAGACAGAUGCUCUGCACAAGCUUAUGGGAAUAAUCUGCACACAGCUCGUGAUUGACAGAUCAACAAGGUCGCCGUGCGCUAUGUGGCCACUAAUUACGCAGGAGGUGCAAUUAUACAAGACUUUACGUAACAAGAAAAAAAGGGUUAAUGUGCUCCACCAGCAGGUGGAAACCAGGAAAUGAGACAAAAGGAAUCUGUUGGACGUCGCCAUCUGGAGGGACACCCGCAAAGGUCAAGGAACAAAGAAGAAACGCAAACCUGUCUGUCUGCACUUUCCAAUCCUCUUAAAAUGUCAAGACGUCACUCAGACGUCACGCGGUUGGACUCAGGUCACCUCAUUAGGUACACCGGCUCAUGGGGAGAAGCUGCUGCAGUAAAAACCCCGAAGGAGGACUCCUGAUUGCCGAGUGGAAUAUUUCCAUAGUUACACUCACCUUUACACACCUACACUCACCUUUACACGUCUUUACUCACCUUUACACGCCUACACUCACCUUUACACACCUACACUCACCUUUACACGUCUUUACUCACCUUUACACGCCUACACUCACCUUUACACACCUACACUCACCUUUACACACCUACACUCACCUUUACACGCCUACACUCACCUUUACACACCUACACACACCUUUACACGCCUACACUCACCUUUACACACCUAUACUCACCUUUACACGCCUACACUCACCUUUACACACCUACACUCACCUUUACACACCUAUACUCACCUUUACACGCCUACACUCACCUUUACACACCUACACACACCUUUACACGCCUACACUCACCUUUACACACCUAUACUCACCUUUACACACCUACACUCACCUUUACACACCUAUACUCACCUUUACACGCCUACACUCACCUUUACACGCCUACACUCACCUUUACACGCCUACACUCACCUUUACACACCUAUACUCACCUUUACACGCCUACACUCACCUUUACACACCUAUACUCACCUUUACAGGUCUAUACUCACCUUUACACUGUAGAUGUACUGUUAGUGUACUGUCAGUGUAGUGUAGAUGUACUGUAAGUGUACUGUAAGUGUACUGUAGAUGUACUGUAGAUGUACUGUAAGUGUACUGUAAGUGUACUGUAGAUGUACUGUAGAUGUACUGUAAGUGUACUGUAUGUGUACUGUAAGU